ACAGACAGACUGUUAGGCUUUCAUUAAUACCGACAGACUUUUAGGCUUUCUCUAAGAUAAUUAUAUUUUUCUUUUCGGAUGUGCUUAAAUUAAUAACCUAUUGCUGCAAUACCAACUGAAAAUCAAGGCGCAAUAUCCUCGUCGGGCGGCGGAUUGCCCUUUCUGUAGUAGUCGUUCAAGGCUUCAAGCUAUCCAUUUCCGUCGUCUUCUUUUCUAGGAGGAGAAUGGAUACCCUCUCGCUGUUUAAAUUCGACAGUCCUUUCCCUGUUGUGCACGUCAAAUGCAAUCACUCCAUCCCCUCAACUCUGCAAAGAAAUUACCGCUUCUUCGAUGGGUUUUCAAGAUACCGAUUCGCACAUAAGCUUGAACUUCGUGGUCGGAGCCGCUCAUUUCACUUUAAAAGCCUUGAGAAGACUCAAAGGAGUGUUAUCGUUAGGUCGCAAAUCGCAACGGCAAGCUCUUCUAGUGAUGACAGGCCCUCUCUGGAAGGUGUUCAUUUGGGUUCGAGGGUCCGUGGGAUUUGCUUUUACGCCGUCACUGCGAUGACCGCGAUCCCUCUCUUUGCGGUAAUGUUGCUGGUACACCCAUUUGUAAUGAUCUUGGAUCGGCACAAGAGAAGACUUCAUCACUUGAUUGCGAAGAUUUGGGCGAUCUUUACUAUCUCUCCUUUCUAUAGGUUCGAGUUUGAGGGUUUAGAUAAUUUACCUCCCGGUGAUGCUCCUGCCGUUUAUGUUUCCAAUCACCAGAGCUUCUUGGAUACAUACACCCUUCUUACGCUUGGAAGGAGCUUUAAGUUCAUUAGCAAGACGAGUAUUUUUGUUAUUCCAAUAAUAGGAUGGGCAAUGUUCCUUAUGGGUCUCAUUCCUCUUCGGCGUAUGGACAGCAGGAGUCAACUGGAAUGUCUUAAACGCUGUAUGGACUGUGUGAGGAAAGGAGCAUCUGUGUUUUUCUUUCCUGAGGGUACUCGGAGUAAGGAUGGCAAACUAGGUGCAUUUAAGAAAGGAGCCUUCGCUGUUGCUGUCAAAACUGAAGCACCUGUUGUGCCCAUUACCCUUUUGGGAACUAGAAAGCUGAUGCCUGCAGGAAUGGAAUGUAUUUUAAAUUCAGGAUCAGUGAAAGUUGUAAUACAUAAACCUUUAAGAGGAAAAAACGCAGAAGUACUAUGUAAUGAAUCUAGGAGUGUUAUAGCUGAUACACUCAAUAGUCAUGAUUAUGGAACACACUACUCUGAUUAGUGGAUCAAUAUCAACAAGCGGGCUUUGUCAGCUGGAACACUUGGGCAAAGGACUUUCUCAUUAUACGGUAUUCAUUUUGCCUA